AUGACGAUGGCAAUAGAAACCAUCGUCUCUGAUCUGACACAGUUAUGGCACCACAAUCUUCUUCUCAUCGAAGCCAAGACAUCAGUUUCUUCUCCAUCCAUCGAGAACAAGGAACAUGAAGCAAGCAUACGCAUUCAUCUAUCUUUGCAGCAGAAGAUAGUGAUCAAAGUGCAGAUAAAGUGCGACAAAUGCCGCUCCAAAGCCAUGAAGCUCGUUGCCGCAACAGGGGUUGAUUCAGUCGCAAUAGAAGGGGAGGACAAGGACCAUCUGGUGAUCGUCGGCGACGACAUCGAUCCUGCAAACUUAACAUGCAUCCUGAGGAAGAAAGUUGGCCAUGCAAAUAUACUCAAGGUGGAGAAAGCGAAGAAGCACAAGCUUGAGAGUGUGGUGCACUUGUAUCCCAAUUACCCACAGUGUUCUCAGGUGGUGUUGUAUGAUUCUGAAAGCUGCAGCUCCAACACAAAUGCAUGUUCCAUCCUGUAAACAAUGUGUCA